CAGCACAGCAGCACAAUCAGCAGCACGGAGCUCGCACACUUCCAGGUGCACUGGACAAACAUCAUGGAAGCCUGAGGAAACAAAAAUGCAUAUCCAGGAUGAAGUAUCUCAGCUGAAUGCAGCCAGAAUGAGUUAGUUUGAGCUUUCUUUUUUGGCCCACUUGCUUCUAUUUUGCCCAGGAAGUAGAAAUUUAUCCCUGAAUCAAGGCUGAUGCCAGUUGGAACCUCCUGGAAACACUUUACACAGAUCCCAAGAAAUACUCAAAUAAAACUCUCAAGGCUUUCACCAUCUAGAGCCACAAAUCCAAACUCUCAUAGUCCUGCAAAAAAAUACUGCUGACUUCCUCACAAUUUGACUUCUGCAACUCCAGAUAACCUCCUGUUACUCUCCAACUACUGAAGAGCUCUGCAACAGGUACUUUGCUGCUGACAGUUUCGCCCAGUAAAGACACAGAACCAGAAAAGCCACGGACCAAGACUGACCUGAAGAAGUACAGUUGGGCCUCGCUGGUGGACUGUAUAAAAAGCAUCCAUUGAUGGAACAGGGGAAAAAGGAGGCCCAAACCUGAGGUCUAAAGUCUUCAAACCUGGUGGCUGUGCCUCACCUGGCGUGUGCCCGCGGCCGUGUCUGUGCAGCGAUGGGACCAUUCCAUGCAGCACUGCAGCCCUGUCCCGUGUUGGUGGCAAGACCCUUUCUGCAUCGAUGCUUCUUUGAUGAAAAUAAAAAUGAGAAGACUGAGCCCAAAGGUACCUAUCGCUGCUUCUUGUGGGGCUGGAGUAAGCUGAAUAGAAACCUACAGGAAGCAGCCUGAACUCGUGACAAGACACUGAGAAAUCCCCUUGGAAUAAAUAAAGGAACAGCCCAGGCAGUUGAGACACUGAAUGCAGGGAUCACGUUUUUCAGAUCGCUAAUAUCUGUGACCAAGAGACCUGUUGAACACCUAUGAAGAGCUCUGUGGUCUGAGCCAACAGACAGAGCCACCGUGGUGCCAGGAGACACAGUGCUGACUUCAAGCAGGAUCAUCUCCGAAGUUCAACUUACAAGGAGAACCUGUAGUCUGUUUGUGCUGACCAUAGGCAGCUGUGUAAAGCACCAUGACAAGCCAUCAGGCAGUAAGAUCCUUCAAGAAAUCUUCCAUCCCAGGAGUUGUUAUAACCCAGUUUGUGGAUGAUAUUCCAAAAGGAUGCAGCACACCUGACUUUGAGCGGAAACCCGUCACUCUGACAUUGCAGGAAGGUAAAAAUGCCAUUUUCAGAGCUGUCGUCAAAGGUGUCCCAACCCCUGACGUGAAAUGGACACGUAUGCGAGGAGGAAUGGAUGAUCCUGCCAAAUACGAAACAUUCUUCAAUAACAUUACAAAUGAAUUCAUUCUGCAGAUAAACCAACUGACUACAGAUGACAGUGAUUUGUAUCGUUGCUGUGCUGUGAAUGAAUAUGGGGAAGCUGCAUGCUCUGCCGGCCUCAGGAUCAUACAAGUUGGCUUUAAGAGGAAAGCGAAAUACGUUCCUGUUCAUCCUGCUGAUGAGUUAAAGAAGAUGCUUCAGGACUUCAGGAAGCUGCUGAGGAAGCGGGCCCCAGCACCAAAACCAAAACCCUUGGACAAAGAAGCAGUCUGGCAACUGUUGCUGCAUGCAGAUAGGAGAGAUUAUGAAAAAAUCUGUAUGAAAUACGGAAUUGUUGACUUCCGUGGGAUGCUGAGAAAGCUGCAGGAGCUGAGGAAGGACGCGGAGAGUGAACAAGGAGAGCUAAUACACAGUAUCAAAAACUUUGGACACAUCAAGGUCAACAAGGAGGGAAAAGCUAUGUUCACUCUGGAGAUGGACCUGAAAAAUAGUAAUAGCAAAGUUUAUCUGCUGAAGGAUGGUGAGAGGGUCAGAUAUGGAACGGAGGAUGAAUACAGAAAGUACUGCCUGAGGAGAAUUGGAAAAAGGUAUAAUUUCAUUGUCAACGAUGUACAGCCAGAAGAUGCAGGCAUGUACCAAGUCAGAGUGGAGGACGUACCUGUUUUCUCAACUGAACUGGAUGCUGAAUCCAUCCCUGUGAGAUUUGAGCGGCCACUCAGUGAUGUGCGCUGUCCUGAGGAACAAGAUGCUGUCUUUGAAUGUAACCUACGCACACCCUGCUACGACGCUGUGUGGCUACACAAAACCCACCUCCUCGAAGCAAGUGAGAAGCACCAGAUCUCCGUAACACCUGACGGUCUGACCCACCAGCUGAUUAUCAAAAACGUUGUGCCCUCUGACAAUGGCAUGUACACGCUCGACACCGGACUCUGCUCCUCAAAUGCCUGGCUUGUUGUAGAGUAUGCCAAAGGAAAGAGAAGACAGCAUGAAGGAGAUGAAAGAGAGAAAUCUGAGUGGCUGAAAGAAACAUUACCAGAUAAAGACAGGGCUAAGAAACUUCGACGCAGAGAAUAUGUUGGUGAUGAAGAUAAUCUUAUGGACACUGGCACGGAAGAAGAUGGCUUGUACAGAAAUGGUCAAGGCCAUUCCAUUGAUAUGGAUAGAAACCGUAGAUUUUUGGGAAAAGAUGAGCUACAUGGAGCCCAUGGAAAUGGAAGGAUGGGAUUUGGGCAGUUUUCUGGAGCAGGCCUAGAUGGAGACUCAGUGGCAAGUGAUGGUAGUGUCUUUGGAUUAAAAGGCUUAGGAGGCAAAAGUGGGCUAAGGCCUUUCCAUGGCAAGGAUUCUGUGACAGACAGAGCAGACACUGGUGAUGAAUUAGGAGAAGUGGGUGAACGGCAUUCUGUGGGUGGCAGAGAUGAUGGUACGCUGGGUGCUGUUAACAUUGGCAUGGGUGAUAGAGGUGUGGGCUCUCAGCGUGACAAGGAUGGUAGAUUAGGUGAUGCUAGUUACAAAGCUGGCUUUGGGAGUGUUGGGAGAUUAGGUGCUACUGAUGGAAGUUCUGUGUUAGGCAGACUCGAUCAUGAUUCAGCUGGAGGAGGAGAUGGUAAAGGUGAUCGGUUCAGUCGGACUAGUCUGGGGACUGGAGCUAGAAAAAAUGUUGCAGAUACUGAGACUGCAGGAGGAAUGAGGACCUCCUAUGGCAAGGAUGGUCUGCCAACUGCAGCCGAUAUGAAUGGUGCAAGCAUGAACAGAGGACAAACAGGGACUCCCUAUGGCAAGGAUGGCCCGACACUUAAUGCUAGCGGUCAUUUAGGUCAGGCAGGAAGGUCAGGCUUGCUAUAUGGCCCAGGCGGUCUUCCAGCUGGAGACAGGGCUAUAUCUGGUGCAGGUGGCAGUACCACAGGAGAAAUGGAGGCAUUGUACGAUCCAGAUGGUCAUCCAUUUGGAGCACGUCUUGGUGAUGCUGGUGUAGCUGAUGCACGUGGAAUUGGGUCUCCCUAUGGAAAGGAUGGUUUCCCAGCUGGCAAAGCCAUUGUUGGUGCCGGUGUAGAUGGUGCAGACAUAUAUAGGACUUCUUAUGGAAAGGAUGGUCUCCCAGGUGGCACAGGCAUUGGUGGUGCUGGUAUAACUGGUGCUGGGGGAGUUGGGUAUCCCUAUGGAAAGGAUGGUCUUCCAGCUGGUGCAGGUGUUGGUGGUGCAGCGGGAGUUGGGUCUCCCUAUGGCAAGGAUGGUCUCCCAGCUGGUGCAGGUGCUGGUGUUGGUUCUCCCUAUGGGAAGGGUGGUCUCCCAGCUGGUGCAGGUGUUGGUGCAGGUGCUGGUGCAAUGGGAGUUGGGUAUCCCUAUGGCAAGGAUGGUCUUCCAGCUGGUGCUGUUGUAGGUAGUGCAGGGGGAUUUGCGUCUCCCUAUGGAAAGGAUGGUCUUCCAGCUGGUGCAGGUGUUGGUGGUGCAGCGGGAGUUGGGUCUCCCUAUGGCAAGGAUGGUCUCCCAGCUGGUGCAGGUGCUGGUGUUGGUUCUCCCUAUGGGAAGGGUGGUCUCCCAGCUGGUGCAGGUGUUGGUGCAGGUGCUGGUGCAAUGGGAGUUGGGUAUCCAUAUGGCAAGGAUGAUCUUCCAGCUGGUGCUGUUGUAGGUAGUGCAGGGGGAUUUGCGUCUCCCUAUGGAAAGGAUGGUCUCCCAGCUGGUGCAGGUAUUGGUGUAGCUGGUGCAGCGGGAGUUGGGUCACCAUAUGGAAAGGAUGGUCUCCCAGCUGGUGCAGGUGUUGGCGGUGCUGGUGUAGGGGGAGUUGGGUAUCCAUAUGGAAAGGAUGGUCUUCCAGCAGGUGCUGGUGUAGGGGGAGUUGGUUCUCCCUAUGGAAAGGAUGGCCUCCCAGUUGGUGCAGGUGUUGGUGUAGCUGGUGCAGCGGGAGUUGGGUCACUAUAUGGAAAGGAUGGUCUCCCAGCUGGUGCAGGUGCUGGUGCAGCUGGUGCAGGGGGAGUUGGAUCUCCGUAUGGAAUGGAUGGAUUUACAGCUGGUGCUGGUGUUGGUGCAGGUGCUGGUGCAGGGGGAGUUGGGUCUCCCUACGGAAAGGAUGGUCUCCCAGCUGGUGCAGGUGUUGGUGCAGGUGCUGGUGCAAUGGGAGUUGGGUAUCCCUAUGGCAAGGAUGGUCUUCCAGCUGGUGCUGAUGUAGGUAGUGCAGGGGCAUUUGCGUCUCCCUAUGGAAAGGAUGGUCUCGCAGCUGGUGCAGGUACUGGUAUAGCUGGUGCAGCGGGAGUUGGGUCACCAUAUGGAAAGGAUGGUCUCCCAGCUGGUGCAGGUAUUGGUGUAGCCGGUGCAGGGGGAGUUGGGUCACCAUAUGGAAAGGAUGGUCUUCCAGCAGGUGCUGGUGUAGCUGGUGCAGCGGGAGUUGGUUCUCCCUAUGGGAAGGAUGGUCUUCCAGCAGGUGCAGGUGCUGGUGCAGCUGGUGCAGGGGGAGUUGGAUCUCCGUAUGGAAUGGAUGGAUUUACAGCUGGUGCUGCUGUUGGUGCAGGUGCUGGUGCAGGGGGAGUUGGGUCUCCCUAUGGGAAGGGUGGUCUCCCAGCUGGUGCAGGUGUUGGUGCAGGUGCUGGUGCAAUGGGAGUUGGGUAUCCAUAUGGAAAGGAUGGUCUCCCAGCUGGUGCAGGUUUUGGAGCAGGGGGAGAGGGGUCUCCCUGUGGAAAGGAUGGUCUUCCAGCCGGUGCUGGUGUUGCCGGUGCUGGUGUAGAGGGAGUUGGUUCUCCCUAUGGAAAGGAUGGUCUCCCAGCUGGUGCAGGUGCUGGUGCAGGGGGAGUGGGGUCUCCGUAUGGAAAGGAUGGUCUUCCAGCACGUGCUGGUGUUGGCGGUGCUGGUGUAGGGGGAGUUGGUUCUCUCUAUGGAAAGGAUGGUCUUCCAGCCGGUGCUGGUGUUGCCGGUGCUGGUGUAGCUGGUGCAGCGGGUAUUGGGUAUCCAUAUGGAAAGGAUGGUCUCCCAGCUGGUGCUGAUGUAGGUGGUGCAGGGGGAUUUGCGUCUCCGUGUGGAAAGGAUGGUCUCCCAGCUGGUGCAGGUAUUGGUGCAGCUGGUGCAGGGGGUGUUGGGUCUCCCUAUGGGAAGGAUGGUCUCCCAGCUGGUGCAGGUGCUGGUGCAGCUGGUGCAGGGGGAGUUGGAUCUCCAUAUGGAAAGGAUGGAUUUACAGCUGGUGCUGGUGUUGGUGCAGGUGCUGGUGCAGGGGGAGUUGGGUCUCCCUACGGAAAGGAUGGUCUCCCAGCUGGUGCAGGUGCUGGUGUUGGUUCUCCCUAUGGGAAGGGUGGUCUCCCAGCUGGUGCAGGUGUUGGUGCAGGUGCUGGUGCAAUGGGAGUUGGGUAUCCCUAUGGCAAGGAUGGUCUUCCAGCUGGUGCUGAUGUAGGUGGUGCAGGGGGAUUUGCGUCUCCCUAUGGAAAGGAUGGUCUCCCAGCUGGUGCAGGUGUUGGUGCAGCUGGUGCAGGGGGUGUUGGGUCACCAUAUGGAAAGGAUGGUCUCCCAGCUGGUGCAGGUAUUGGUGUAGCUGGUGCAGGGGGAGUUGGUUCUCCCUAUGGAAAGGAUGGUCUCCCAGCUGGAGUAGGUGUUGGUGCAGGGGGAGUUGGUUCUCCCUAUGGAAAGGAUGGUCUUCCAGCAGGUGCUGGUGUUGGCGGUGCUGGUGUAGGGGGAGUUGGUUCUCUCUAUGGAAAGGAUGGUCUCCCAGCUGGUGCAGGUUUUGGAGCAGGGGGAGUGGGGUCUCCCUGUGGAAAGGAUGGUCUUCCAGCCGGUGCUGGUGUUGCCGGUGCUGGUGUAGAGGGAGUUGGUUCUCCCUAUGGAAAGGAUGGUCUCCCAGCUGGUGCAGGUGCUGGUGUAGCUGGUGCAGCGGGUCUUGGGUCACCAUAUGGAAAGGAUGGUCUCCCAGCUGGAGCAGGUGUUGGCGCAGGGGGAGUUGGGUCUCCCUGUGGAAAGGAUGGUCUUCCAGCAGGUGCUGGUGUUGGCGGUGCUGGUGUAGGGGGAGCUGGGUCUCCCUAUGGAAAGGAUGGUCUUCCAGCUGGAGCAGGUGUUGGAGCAGGGGGAGUUGGGUCUCCCUAUGGAAAGGAUGGCCUCCCAGUUGGUGCAGGUGUUGGUGUAGCUGGUGCAGCGGGAGUUGGGUCACUAUAUGGAAAGGAUGGUCUCCCAGCUGGUGCAGGUGCUGGUGCAGCUGGUGCAGGGGGAGUUGGAUCUCCGUAUGGAAUGGAUGGAUUUACAGCUGGUGCUGGUGUUGGUGCAGGUGCUGGUGCAGGGGGAGUUGGGUCUCCCUACGGAAAGGAUGGUCUCCCAGCUGGUGCAGGUGCUGGUGUUGGUUCUCCCUAUGGGAAGGGUGGUCUCCCAGCUGGUGCAGGUGUUGGUGCAGGUGCUGGUGCAAUGGGAGUUGGGUAUCCCUAUGGCAAGGAUGGUCUUCCAGCUGGUGCUGAUGUAGGUAGUGCAGGGGCAUUUGCGUCUCCCUAUGGAAAGGAUGGUCUUCCAGCAGGUGCUGGUGUAGCUGGUGCAGGGGGAGUUGUGUAUCCAUAUGGAAAGGAUGGUAUCCCAGCUGGUGCAGGUGCUGGUGUAGCUGGUGCAGCGGGUAUUGGGUAUCCAUAUGGAAAGGAUGGUCUCCCAGCUGGUGCAGGUAUUGGUGCAGCUGGUGCAGGGGGAGUUGGGUCUCCCUAUGGGAAGGAUGGUCUCCCAGCUGGUGCAGGUGUUGGUGCAGCUGGUGCAGGGGGAGUUGGUUCUCCCUAUGGAAAGGAUGGUGUCCCAGCUGGUGGAGGCUUUGGUGUAGCUCACGCAGGGGCAGUUGGUUCUCCUUAUGGAAAGGGUGGUUUCCCAGCUGGGAGUUAUGGUGGUGCUGGCUUAGCUGGUGCAGGUGAAUUUGUUUCUUCUUAUGGAAAAGAUGGUCUUCCAGGUCGAAUGGGAACCGGAUUUGGUACUGGUGCAUUUGAUUUUGGUGGUUUUGGAUCUCCAUAUGGAAAGGAUGGUCUCCCAGGUGGGCAUGAGGCUGGUGCUGGUGUAUCUGGUGCAAGGGCUGUUGGUUCUUUCUACGGCAAGGAUGGUCUCCCAACUGGGACUGUGGGAGGAGCUGCUCGUGUUCCGUUUGGAGGUGAAGAAUCAGUGGGAUCUUAUCGUGGCAAGGAUAGUAUGCUGAGUAGAGGUCAGGGAUAUAUGGGUGGAUCAGGAGGAGACAGCUUUUCCUCAGAAGGUGGUGGUGUUGCAGGGUCUGCAAUACGGGGUGCUGGGUCUCCCUACGGCAAGGACACUGGGUCUGCUGGGGCCAGGGCUGGCAUGGGUGGUGGUGGGAGGCUGGGAGGUGAUGAAAGGGGGUUACAUUCAGUCCGUGGUAAAGAAGAUGCUGUUGGACGAGGUGGUGAAUAUAGGCACGGUUCACAUCCUGGCAAAUCUUCUAUGGGAGGUGAACCUGGAAAGGGCACUGCCAGUGAUUUCAGAGGAUCAGGGAACAAAGGUUCAUCUGAUGACAGAGGUUCGCAUUCAGGUCAAGUUGAUGCCAAGGGUCAGGACAGAGAUUUAGGCCAGGUAGACUCCCUUUAUGGCAAAAAUUCUGCCUUUGGAGGGACAGGGAGUAAAUCCCGUAACAGAUCUGCUGAUGGGAGGAAUUCAGGUGGUUUUGGUCAAGGUUCAGUGGAUUAUGGCCAGAUGUCAGAUCUUUAUGGUGGACCUCCUUCAGUAAAUCUGAGAGAACAGGAACCCAGCCUUGAUAUUAAAGCCAAUGAUUUCUUGAGUACGGAAAGUAUGGAAAAAAGAAGACAUUACUGUCUAGAUGAUCUGAAAGCACCACGCUGUUUUAUCAACAAACAGUUAUUUGAUGUCAGAGUCCUGAAAGGGGAACCAGCCGAGCUGUCUUGCACUGUCAGUAAAGAUGAAGUGACAGGAACCUGGUUUAAAGAUGGAUUAAAGUUAAAAAACAUGGAUGGAAUCUUUUUUGAAAAGAAAGGUCUAGUCCACAAACUAAUUAUUAAUAAAGUGGAAGAUAUUCAUGCCGGGAAAUACAGGUUUGAAGGUGGGGAUAUAAAAACUGAAGCUUCAGUUUUUGUUGAAGAUCCUCCACAGGUUGACAAAGUUCUCCUCAAAAACUUAACAAGCGUUCCUACUGUGGCCAAGGCAGGGCAGCAAGUAAAGAUCAAGAUCCCUUUUGAAGGUCGGCUACCAGUCAGAACAACGUGGCUGAAGGACAGAAUGGAGCUAGCAGAUGACACCAGGAUUCGUGUUGAUAAAACAGAGACCUUUACCAUGCUGUCCAUCUCCAGCAGUGAGAGAAAGGACUGUGGGGAUUACAAAGUCAGGCUGAAGAAUGACAGCGGAGUCCUGGAGAUUAACUUAAAGCUUGUGGUAAUAGACAAGCCACAGCCACCUGCAGGACCCAUCAAAGUUGUAGAAAGCUCUGCAAAUGACAUCACCAUUCAGUGGAAGCCCCCAAAGGAUGAUGGAGGCAAACCAGUACAAAGCUACAUUGUUGAGAGUCAGCAGGUAGGCAAGAACGACUGGGUGACGUUGGGAGAAGUGCCCAGGAGCUGUACUACGUUCACCACGAACAAAGUGGAACAAGACAUGAGCUACUACUUCAGGGUGAGAGCUGUAAAUGCCGAGGGAACUAGUGAUGCACUGGAAUCAGAUGAAGUGAAGGCUGUCAGUAAAGCUUCACCUGGUGCCCCAGAUCCCCCUGAGAUUGUCAGUGCCAGCAAAGACACCAUCACAAUAUCCUGGAAAGCACCUCGUAAAACUGGCAGUUCCCAAAUCGUGGGAUAUAUAAUUCAAAAGCGUAAGAAGGGUACCGUGACCUGGCUGCCAGUCAACAACGUGCCUAUAGCAGACAAGAAGCUGAAAAUGACCAGUCUCAAGAAAGGUCUGCAGUAUGAAUUUCGUGUGGCAGCUGUCAAUGCUGCUGGCAUAGGAGAUGCCAGUGAACCGUCACAGCCUGUCUUUGCGCGGGAUUCCACGAAACCUCCAGGUCCAGUGCAAGACCUUAAAGUGAGCAGCAGCAACAGCACUAGUGUCACCUUGACAUGGAAGAGACCUGAAGCAAAGGAUGGGAUGGAUGUGAAAGGCUAUGAGGUGGAGAUGCGGUCUUCUAACAACCUCAGCUGGACCAAAUGCAAUACUCUCCCCAUAGAGGUGGCCACUUACACAGUUAAAGGCCUCCAAGCCAAGGAGAUUUACUUUCUGCGUGUGAGAGCCAUCAAUGACAGUGGCUCAGGAGAAGCCACAGAGGUUGAAGCUUGCAUUGAAGCUGCUCCCGCUGUAGUUUCUCCCAGGAUACUAAUAGAUGACAAGGUGAAAAGCUCCCUGGUUAUAAAAGCAGGAAAUACCAUCCGAGUGGAUAUUCCCUUUGAAGCAUCACCAGAUCCAGUGGUGACCUGGUUAAAGGAUGGGCUUCCUCUUCCAAACCGGGCUACAAUAAACACCAAGGAUGGUACCACCCAGCUGCUGAUUGGAGCAGCUGAGUUCACUGACAGUGGCAUCUACACUGUUGAGCUCCAGAAUGGCUUAGGGAAAAGAGAAACGUUCAGCUUCCAAGUUCGAGUUACAGAUACCCCACAGUCUCCUGGGCCUAUUCAAUUGCAAGAGAAUGUGCCAAAUACAGUGACAGUAACCUGGGAGCCAUCACCAUCUGAGAAAUGGGAAAGUGAUCUCUACUACACAGUCCUGAAACGUGAAUCACAGAAGGGCUUGUGGCAUGUGGUGGGUGACCUGAUCUACACUAACAAGUUCACAUUCACCAAACUGAUCCCAGGCCGGGACUACUACUUUAGGGUUGUGGCAAAAAAUAACUUGGGAGCCAGUGGUCCGUCUGAAACUCUGAAGCCUUGGAGAAUUCAAAAACCAAAGGCUGAAUGUCAUGUCAAACCACAGAAAUACAGGGGAGUUAAUCAAAACCAGCCCCCGAGAUUCCUCGUCCCAUUGAAGCCUCAUGUGGUGACUACUGGGAGCGAGUGCCGUAUGAGCUGUGCGGUUGGAGGCCAUCCGUCUCCAAAGAUCACGUGGUACAAGGACAGCAGAGACCUCUCCAAUGAUCCUGCCUAUUUUUGCACAAAUGACUUUGGUGUCUGCUCCCUGGUCAUCCUCGGUGUCACCAAAUGUGAUGAAGGACAAUAUAUGGUAGAAGCCACCAAUGAAUCGGGCCAUGCAUUCAGCAAAGCCUUCCUCACUAUUAAAGACUCCACCCUGUAGCAUGACCUUCCUGAGAAAAUCUCUCCACUACUAUGUGACGGCAAAGGUUUUUAUUGUGAACUGGCCUAUAUGAAGGCUAUGUAUUUAUUUUCAAAUGUUCAUUAUAGUCUGAGUGUUUAUUUUUCAGAUCCAGUAGCUGCAUUUUAAACAUGAUGCUGCAUUGUAGUCAAAAUGGGGAAAAAAGCUUUAAGAUAAUUGUAUCUUUUUGUAAAGAUCAUGGCUUUCCACUAGACCUUUAAAACACAGAUUAAAAGCUUCAGGAACACAGAACAUGAGAAGAAAAACAAUAGGCCAAAAUGAAAGUUUCCACAGAGAUCACCUGCUGUCAGGCUGCAACAAGAAUAUCUCUUGGCACCAGAGAUCUAUGAAGCUGGCCUUUUAGCAUGUUAUUUUCUAAUCCAAAGCAGUCAUUUUAGAUUCUAUAUAAUUUUCAACAGGUUUCUUAAUUCUGGUAGAAGCAGUUCUGCAUGUAUUUUACUACCAGUAGCAGCUAAUAUAUUAUUUCCCUUAAUCUCUAAGCUGCAAAGAGUAUCUGCCUGCUAGUUUUAUCUGGGCAAGAAAUUCAUUCUCAGACUAGGCUAACAUGGGGUAGCGCUACUCACAGUGAAUACAGAAACGAAUGGAAAUUUAGAACCAGUUAUAUUACUGUGAGCAGACUGGUGCUUACUUAAAUCUCCAAUAGCAAGUGCCAUAAAAAAGGAUGUAUCAGUCCUGAACCGCCCCAUUAGUAUCACCCUUGAAACAUAACUGCCCCUACCUCAUGACAUUGCUAGAGUGGUUUUGCCUGAUGCAAAAAGAGGUUAAAAACAUUUUGUGUUUGAGCAGAAAUAUGAGGUACCACCAGAGAUCUUCUGUCGUGGCUGGGGAAUUCCACCACUGAGCGGAGAAGGAACCUGGAAAGCAAAAUAUUAUGAUGCCUGUACGAACGUCUGGCAUUGUAGCCUUAGCACCAAAGGUUCUUUGAUGACAGCAUCUAGAAGACAGGAGAGUGUAGAUCGAAGACUCAAAGCCACUGGAUCCUCAGACAGCCAGUCAAACAUUUAUGUGGGGCUGAAAUGUUGUUUUUGAUUAUAUUUUGUACAAUGUUGUACAGACGUAGCGACAGUAGAUUGUGAAAUUAAACUAUAAUUAAGUAAAAUUAAGUAAAAACUA